AUGGAUACGGACACGGAGCAUGAUGGAGGUAGCCGCAGAGAGCGGCCGUGGCUCUACGCAUGGAACCGCAGACUUCGACAUCUACAGGGCAUAUCUGUGCGCAACUUGGUCGUGACACCUCCCGCAAUCCGAGCUCGUGGCAAGACCAUCGAUGACGACGACAUCCCCAAUACCCUACAGACAGCCUCGAAGAUCUUGUCGCAAAAAGAAAACCAUCUUCUGCACUCAUCAAGAUCUUUCACUGAUCUCCAGUCGCAUGCGAGUAAAGAUGGUAGCGCAAACAAAGAACCCGCGAUGCGUCCGCGUCGCAGAAGUACCCUGUUCUGGAACGAUCCGAAUCCACGAACUCGACAGUUCAAACUUGAAGACAUAAUUAAUAGCCGCAUGGCCGAUUCAUUUUUCUCACUUCAUUGCGAGGACCUCGAUGAGCCUGUUUAUAUCAGCGAAGUCGUCGAGCGCGCAAACAAUCCCAGUUUCCGAUCAUUUGAUUUGAAUCUAUGUGGCCCAUAUGUCUCUCGAAUGGACGAGCUGACUCUUAAGAUCUGGACGAAAACUGGGGAAAUGCCCGAACAUAUUUUACUUGUUGAAUUGCAGGUUCAUUUACGGUCAUUGCAGUUCUUGGGAAAGACUCUGGAAAGCUUUCAUCAACCGCUUCCUGCGAAUUCGAUCUUGUUCCACUUCCCAGACGGUGUUUAUAGCAACCUCACCGAUCUUCCACCGCUCGAAACACCGCUCCAAGCAUCAGGGCAGAAGACCACUGCAGAUGGUACCGCCCUGCCGUCCUCGUCCUACGAUGCACUGAUGAAAUUAGCCAAUUUAGACGAGUGCGUACAGGAUGCACUGGCAACCAGAGAGAAAUUGGAGUCGCAGAUUAGCUCUAUUUUGCAAAAAAAUGAGGGAUCACUGAAUAUCACCAGUGACGCAGUUGCGGCCCAAGAGAAGCUUGUUCUUACCAAGAGCUAUGCCGCCUUGGAGCGCAAACGGGUCCGUGCUGCAAUCAAGCAAAAGGAAGAAUUGAUUGCUAGCAUCAAGACUCGGAAAGAAGCGAUGGUGCAAGGCCGCACAAACCAAGAAAAGAUACGCAGCCAUCUUCCUGAGGCCCAGGAGCGAUUGGUGUCGAGUGAGCACUUGCUCAACCAAAAUGCGGAGGAAAUGAAGGGCCAAAUUCGACGUAUUGCAGAGGACCUUCUUACAAUAUAUCCUAUCGAGCCUAUUCCCGAUAAACCUCUGGCAUUCACCAUCGCCGGGCUGACCCUCCCAAACUCUUCCUUUGAGGACAUUGAUCGUGAGGAAGUUGCGGCAGCAUUGGGCCACACAGCCCAUUUGGUAUAUCUGUUGUCCUUUUACCUAUCGGCGGCCCUCCCAUACCCAGUCAACGCCAACGGGUCGACUUCAUUCAUCCAAGACCCCAUAUCUGCAUCCCUUCCAGCACGCACGUACCCUCUUUACCCGGUCAGUGUGCAGUACCGAUUCGAGUAUGCUGUUUUUCUCCUCAACAAAGACAUCGAAUACCUCCUUAGCAAGCAAGGACUGCGCGUUCUUGAUAUUCGGCACACUCUUCCCAAUCUCAAAUACCUUCUUUAUGUUCUCACUGCUGGCACCUCUGAAAUCCCUGCACGCAAAGCUGGUGGCGUUCGUGCUCUUAUUUCCGGAAAAAUGACACCAAAUCUUUCCCGGCGUGGUAGCGUGGAAAGUGCUGCAUCUGGCGAGUUGGUUCAGCCACGCAAAGCUUGGGAAUCAGUGUCCAAGAUGAAUGUUAGCCUAGCAUCAGACAAAGUAAAGAAGCCACUGUCUGCUAUGGGUUGA